AUGGUAAAGGAAGAGUGGAGGGGAUUAGGUGAGGUGCAUUUCUUAGAGAAGAUGAAAGCGUUGACAACACCUUUGCGCAAAUGGCAUAAGCAACAUUUUGGGGAUAUAACCGAGAAGAUAAAGAGGUUUGAGGAAGAAAUAAAGAAGGUAGAUGACAUGGUUAGCAGUGGACGAUACGAUGAUACAAUGGAGGCAAAGAGGAGGGCGUUAGUGAGGUGCUGUGAAAAGUGGUAUGUGAGGCAAGAUGUUCACUGGAAGCAAAUGUUUAGAUCUCGGCAUGCGAGUGAGAUGGAUAGAAACACAAGGUACUUCCAUAAUAUAGCUUCAGCGAGGAGAAGGAAUAACAGGAUUGAGACUUUGGAGGAUUCUCCAAAUGUAAGCUUUAGGGAUGGAUUGGUUAAUCGGUUGGGGAGGGAGGAAGCUGAAACUCUAGAGGUGUUACCAUCAGUGGAUGAAGUGAAAGAGACGGUCUGGGAUUGUGAAUCGUCUAAGGCUCUAGAGAGGGAUUCUAAUGUCACAUGGGUAGCAUUGGCUCCGAAGUUCAUUGGGGUUAAAGAGAUAAAGGAUCUCAGACCUAUCAGCAUGGUUGGUUGUGUCUAUAAAGUCAUCUCUAAAUUGUUGACACGAAGAAUGAAGAGUGUAAUGCCAGGUUUAGUCGGAGAAUCGCAGAGCGCCUUUGUGAAGAGGAGGAAGAUACAUAAUGGAGCCUUAAUUGCAUUGUUAGAGACGAUAGGCUUUGGUAGAACAUGGAGGUCAUGGAUUAAGGAAUGUGUUAGAACGGCAUCUAUGUCUAUCUUGGUUAAUGGAUCACCGUCGAAGCCAGUCAGAAUGGAAAGGGGACUGUGUCAAGGCGAUCCUUUGUCACCGUUCUUGUUUGUUUUGGUGGUAGAUGUGCUUAACAGGAUGAUAGGGGAGGCAGUAAGAAAUGGUCGUAUAUCUCCACUGCUAGUUGGUCGAGAUAAUAUAGAGUUAUCACACUUACAAUUUGCUGAUGACACUAUACUAUUUUGUCCGCCGGAUGAGGUAUCUUAG